AUGGACACUGUUAAGCAGAGUCUUUUCGCAGUCGCAGAGCGAAUUCACCUCCAGAACCCUUCCUCGCCGGGCUGGAAAGAGAUCUUAGAAUCGCAAGAUAUCGAAAAGGCAUCAUUAGCCGUGAUUGACUGGCUAAGCCAGACUCAGAAUGACAGAUGGCUCGUCAUUUGCGAUGGUUAUGGCCAGGGUCCGGCGGAUGAUUCCAGCCUUGAGAACUGGAAUUUGCACAGAAUGAUUCGAACCAAUCAUGGACACAUACUCAUCACAUCCAGAUGGCCACAAUCAGACGUGUUUCAUCAUAUUCCAGUCGAGAAAUUUACAGACAUGAGCCUUAGCGUGGAUUUACUUCUGAAGUGUUCCAAAAAGCCCGCCCUGCGGGAUGAUCCGGAUGUACAACGACUGGCACAAACAUUAGAUGGCCUUCCUCUUGCCUUAGUGGCAGCGGGUACAUACCUGCGUCGCUAUCUAUACAGCUGUGCGAAAUAUCUGGAUGCAUACAAUCAAUCUUGGCUCCGGCUGCUGGAGAAGACACCAACGUCUGAUCAAUAUAAUCUUACUCUCUAUUCCACCUGGGAUCUUACUUUAAAUCGAAUUUGCAAAGUCAGCAAACUUGCUGCUAAACUCUUAUGUUUCUGUGCUUAUUUUGACAAUAACGAUCUGUGGUUUGAGCUGUUCGAGACGAAGGAUGGGCUAGAGAAGCCAAAAUGGCUCCAAACUCUCACAGCGGAUGAACUUGAAUUCAGCGACGCGGUGCGAAUCCUCCAUGAGCACGCCAUGAUCGAGCUGCCUGCAGAAGUGACAAACAAUAGGAGUGGCUCAAUUGGCUUCCGGAUACAUAACUGUGUGCAUUCUUGGACUAUCCAUGUCCUCAAUAGGGAUUGGGACUAUGGAAUGUCUUCGCUGGCUUUGGGCUGUAUUGCUAGCAAAUUACCGCGAGAAAGCACUCCUUCGUUCUGGCACAUAUCGCAGAGGUUACUAGCUCACGCGAACCGCAUUGUUGAUCUCUUCUCUCAGAAGCGGCUAUUUAAGGGCUAUACAGAAGCCCAGGUGGAGCAAAUGUGCAAUAUUAUUGGUUUCUUCCUCGCCCGAGACAGACCAGAAGCUGUCGAGAAGGUGUGCAUAAGCCUCCAUGAACAGGUCAAGAACAGGUUUGGCUACUAUCACCCAGCUACAUUUACCCUCAAAUUCCUCAUGAUUAGCAUUUUUACCAACCUAAAAAAAUAUAACGAGGCAGAAAACUUGUGCAAUGAUACCCUCAGACAGUUCAGCGUCGACCCUGAUGUCGAUGAAGGACGCGCGAAACGUUCGUUCACUCUUCUACUGGCACGGAUCUUUAUUCUCAGAGGACAGACUGAAGAGGGCGAGAAACUGUUAUUAGGACCCUCAAUAUCCUCCCAAGGCGAGGGAUCGGGUCUCCUAUUCGAAAAGUACCUGAUAUCUCGAUUAUGGACACAAUAUCUCGCGCAGGACAUGCCGGAAGAUAUGCAAACACGGAUGGCGAACUACUUAGGCGAGGAAGAAACAGGCCAGGCGGGGAGCUGCCAACAAUCAUUCCACCUUCUUUGUACUCGGAUUUACCUGUGCAUUUCCCAGAAAAAAAACGAAGAGGCCAAGGCUCUGCUAGACGAAGCACGGAAGACGUUUGAUCGAGAGAACUCGGCUGAUUAUGCCAAGGCUUCCAUGUUCUUCCCCCUUGCCAAUCUUUAUUUCAAACUGGAGGAGUACGGGGCCUUGAAGAGUCUCUGCGACAACGCGACGACUGAAGACUGGGAAUCGCUUUGGCAGAGUGAUGUUCAAUUCUCUUGCGAGGUCAUCCUCAUGAGGUGCCAUGUCCACCUGAGAGACUUCGAACUCGACGAAACUGUGGCUCUAUGCCAGCGAGCUUUGAAUAAGCUGCAAAACUCUCGAGUGCCAAGUUCAGCACAUAGGCCGAGCGUGCUGAUUACGUUGGGGUCAGCGUACAUGCUGCAGGAGAAGCUUUUGGAAGCAGAGAAACAGUUCGCUGCAGCUAUUCAAGAAACAAGAGAAUCUAACCAGCAGUGUACGUCAACCAGCUACGAACACGUCUUGACCACAAUGAGUGCUCUGGCAGAGCGUUAUAAGGACAGAGGCGAGCAAGGUAGCGCUCAAAGGUGUUUGAAGCUGGUAGAAAAAUGCCAGAGUGAGCUACUAGAGGCGAGGCACGGCGGACUGAAUGGACAAAAACAGCCAAAAUGA